UGUACGAGUGACACUUGUGAGCUGAUUAGUGCGGACUUGAUCCCCCCUACAUCCUCCCGAUCGUUCUAUCCGCUCCUUCCUGUAAACAUCCAGCUUCUCCUCCACCGGGGCGUGGGGGGGCCUUGGCAGCAUGUUCUCCAGAAGAUCGCUCAUCUGGGGGGAGAUCUGACCGAUCGCCCGGAGGGACAACAAGCCAAAAACUGAUACAAAGUUUCCUGCGGUGUGUGAGAGGGGCAGAGGAUGGGAAGCACGGCCAUGGACACUAAGAAGAAGAAGGAGCUUCCUAAGAAGAGCAGCGCUCAGAAGAGGAGGAUGCUGAGGGUCCACAUUCCUGAUCUCAGCUCUUUUGCUAUGCCCUUUUUGGAUGGAGACUUGGAAAGUAACGAUAAAAAUGCAAAUCGCAAGACAGAGGAACCCAGCAGUACUGGAAGCCCUUCAAAGAGCUUCUUCCCAAAAUCGCUACAAAACCGACCUUCUAGCCCAUUGUCAGCCCCCGUAAAAUCAAAGUACAGCCCAGGAUCCCCAAAGACUGUGUUUCCUUUUCCAUACCAAGAGUCACCUCCUCGCACCCCUCGACGGAUGAGCUUCAGUGGCAUAUUUAGAUCUUCUUCCAAAGACUCUGCAUCCUCCAACUCAUCUACCUCACCUGGGGGCAUCAAAUUCUUCACGAGGUCAAGAAAAGCCUCAGGACUGUCAUCUUCCCCAUCCACUCCCACACAAGUGACCAAGCAGCCCAACUUCCCCCUGGAAUCCUACAAACAUGAGCCAGAAAGGCUAGAGGCCAGACUUCGUUCAUUUUCCUCACCACCAGACACAGGACAGAGGUUUUCAGUACCGCACCUACCUGCGACUGUGACAAAGUCCUCCCUUGUGUCAUCAACCCACAGUGCUACCUCGAAAACAGCUCAAGGCACCAUUGAAGGCAUGCUGGAGAAACUGGAGCUAGAAGAUGAAGCUGUUGAAGAAUCGGAGAGUGACAUAUACAUGCGCUUCAUGAAAUCGCACAAGUGUUAUGACAUUGUGCCCACCAGCUCCAAGCUUGUCGUGUUUGACACUACGUUACAGGUAAAGAAGGCGUUUUUUGCACUGGUAGCCAAUGGUGUGCGAGCUGCUCCAUUAUGGGAAACAAAGAAUCAGAGUUUUGUAGGUAUGUUAACAAUUACAGACUUCAUAAAUAUAUUGCAUCGAUACUACAAGUCUCCAAUGGUACAGAUCUAUGAGUUGGAGGAACACAAAAUCGAAACUUGGAGAGAAUUGUAUUUACAAGAAACCUUCAAGCCUUUGGUGAACAUAACUCCAGAUGCAAGCCUGUAUGAUUCAGUGUAUUCACUGAUCAAAAAUAAAAUCCACAGAUUGCCGGUAAUUGAUCCAGUCAGUGGAAAUGCACUUUAUAUACUUACCCAUAAGAGGAUUCUCAAGUUUCUUCAGCUUUUUGUGUCCGAAAUGCCAAAGCCUGCCUUCAUGAAGCAAAACUUAGAGGAGCUUGGGAUAGGAACAUACCACAACAUUGCCUUCAUUCACCCCCAUACACCCAUCAUCAAAGCUUUGAAUAUAUUUGUAGAACGACGAGUUUCUGCUUUACCGGUUGUGGACGAAUCGGGGAAAGUUGUAGAUAUCUAUUCCAAGUUUGAUGUUAUUAACCUUGCUGCUGAAAAAACUUAUAAUAAUUUAGACAUCACGGUGACACAGGCACUUGAACAUCGCUCGCAGUAUUUUGAAGGCGUAGUAAAAUGCAGUAAACUGGAAACACUGGAGACUAUUGUGGAUCGAAUAGUGAAAGCAGAGGUACAUAGGUUGGUAGUUGUGGAUGAAGCAGAUAGUAUUGUUGGAAUUAUCUCUCUGUCAGAUAUUCUACAAGCACUGGUGUUGUCUCCUGCAGGUGCCAAAAGAAAGGAGAGUGAAGCCGACUGAAUCCACCUGAAUUUUACAGUUGUGAAUUUUUUCUCCAGAAGAACUUGAAUGAUGUUUUCAUGUCAAAGCUUUGCCUCAGAAACAUUGACUGCAAUAGCUGGGCCGAAGAUUGCUUUGGAGAAUGUGUGAAAUGAUGGAAGGGAAGGGCAUGUUGGGUUUUUUUUUGUUGCUUUUUCUUUUAGCUCCUUUCUCAGUGUCAUCUUGGGCAGGAAGAAUAACACGGUGAAAAAAGCAGACUGUUAAAUGGUUCAUUUUUUUU